AUGAAGUUCGCAACGACCUCGCCUUAUUACCGGUGUAAUCGUCUUCUCUCGCAAAAUUACGUCGAUAUAGUGUCUAACAGAAUGCAGUUAAUCAGUAUGAUAAAUCGUGGAGCGCGCGUAAUCUAUGAUUUUUCGAUCGCUGUUAAUGUCUACACUUUUCUACCUAAGAUAUUCAGAAUUCCUAACCAUCAAAUUGAAAUAUACUCCCAUAACGUAAUUGAAGAUCGAAACCUCGGAGUUGUUCGAUUCGCAUACACCGAUGUGCCAAAACCUGACUUCGACGAUUAUCGGAAAAGUGAAUUGAAGGAUCCUCAUUCUUCGUCGGCAGCAUCCACAGACCGUCGUCGUGGAAGUGUUGCACUCGUCACCCUUUCCAUGGGCACAGCUGCUCUUUACGGGGCGAAGACUGUUAUCACGCAAGUACUGUCAUCGAUGUCACCGUCGGCAGAUGUCCUUGCCUUGGCCCAAUUGGAAGUGAAGCUGGACGGUAUCGCAGAGGGAAAAACCAAAGUCUUCAAAUGGCGCGGAAAACCAGUCUUCGUGACACAUCGCACACAGGAGAUUAUCGACCGGGAACGUUUAACGAAAUUGUCGAAUCUCCGAGAUCCGGAACCUGACGAACAACGUGUUCAACGUCCGGAGUGGCUGAUUGUCGUCGGUGUCUGUACUCAUCUUGGAUGUAUCCCACUACCAAAUUCGGGCGACUUUGCUGGGGGGUAUUAUUGCCCUUGCCACGGAUCACAUUACGAUGCUUCGGCCCGAAUACGCAAGGGACCCGCUCCCACAAACAUGGCGGUUCCACCUUACACAUUUAUCGACGACUAUAACGUCGUUAUUGGUUAG